ACGUUAGAGGGCUAUGGUAGCUUGGUCUUGUCGGUCGCGUUCUCGCCGGACGGCCAGCGCGUGGCAUCGGGCUCGCACGAUAAUACCAUCAAGAUCUGGGAUACGGCAUCGGGAUCCUCCACACAGACGUUAGAGGGCCAUGGCGGCUCGGUCUUGUCGGUCGCGUUUUCGCCGGACGGCCAGCGCGUGGCAUCGGGCUCGAGCGACAGGACCAUCAAGAUCUGGGAUACGGCAUCGGGAUCCUGCACACAGACGUUAGAGGGCCAUGGCGACUUGGUCUGGUCGGUCGCGUUCUCGCCGGACGGCCAGCGCGUGGCAUCGGGCUCGCACGACAACACCAUCAAGAUCUGGGAUACGGCAUCGGGAUCCUCCACACAGACGUUAGAGGGCCAUGGCAGCUUGGUCUUGUCGGUCGCGUUCUCGCCGGACGGCCAGCGCGUGGCAUCGGGCUCGCACGAUAAUACCAUCAAGAUCUGGGAUACGGCAUCGGGAUCCUCCACACAGACGUUAGAGGGCCAUGGCGGCUCGGUCUUGUCGGUCGCGUUUUCGCCGGACGGCCAGCGCGUGGCAUCGGGCUCGGACGACAGGACCAUCAAGAUCUGGGAUACGGCAUCGGGAUCCUGCACACAGACGUUAGAGGGCCAUGGCGGCUCGGUCUGGUCGGUCGCGUUCUCGCCGGACGGCUAG